CGGCCGGUAGGGGGCGUCGGUGCCGCAGUCGCCGCCACCGCUACUGCCGGUCCAGUCCUCGGUGGAGCGCGGCGAGCGAGUGCAGCUCGUGAUGGCGGAGCGCGGCAGAGGCGAGGCCGGGGAGACCCCCGCGCAGGCGCCGGGGCUUCUGUCCCACGAGGAGAAGCUGCAGCAGCGCAAGGAGAAGAAGCUGCAGAGGAAGAAGCGCCGCGAGGCCGAGAAGGAGCAGAGGGCGGCCCCCGACUGCGGCCUCACCGGAGGAGCCGGUCCCGGGCCCCACCAGCACCCGCCGAAGACGACGACGAAGCUGCCGUCACCAGGGCCGGAGCCGUCCGCGCCGGCGGCCGCCGACAAGGCGUGCGUCCUGGGGAAAAGCAAGGCCGAGCUGCGGGCGGAGCGCCGGGCCAAGCAGGAGACCGACCGGGCGAUGAAGCAAGCCCGGAAGGGGGAGCCGGGCCAAGGCGCCGUACCGGCCAAGCCUCGCCUGGCGCCCAGCGAGGCCCAGCCAGUGGUGAAGCGGCUCCCAGAGCACGUGCAAGUGGACGACCCGGCCGCCCAGAAGAAGCUGGCCAAGAAGCUGGAGCGCCAGCAGGUGCCUCUGAGGCCAGAUUAUGGCGCCAAAGUCAGCCUGUUCUCCCAUCUCCACCAGUACAGCCGAAAGGAGUUGCUGACACAGCAGAUGAGCAUCCCAGCCUCUGCCAUUCACCCUGCGGUGGUGCGUUUAGGCCUCCAGUAUUCUCAAGGCAUCGUCAAUGGAUCCAAUGCCCGCUGCAUUGCCCUCCUAAGGGUCUUCAAACAGGUGAUUGGGGACUACACCACGCCAGCCAAUGAGGAGCUCUCACGGGACCUGGUGAACAAGCUAAAGCCUUCCAUCAGCUUCCUGAACCAGUGUCGGCCCCUGUCUGCCAGCAUGGGCAAUGCCAUCAAGUUCCUCAAGAAGGAGAUCUCGGCAUUGCCUGCCUCCAUGCGAGAGGAGGAGGCCAAGCGGGUCCUUCAAGAAGUUCUUGACAAGUAUGAGCAGGAGAAGAUUGUCCUGGCAGCCAAAGCUAUUUCCAAGUCUGCCUUAGAGAAGAUCCACAACGGGGAUGUUAUUCUGAUCUAUGGAUGCUCUUCCCUGGUGAGCCGCAUACUCUGUGACGCCCACAACAGUUGCCACCCCAAGGGCCGGGCCUUCCGCGUGGUGGUGGUGGACAGCCGCCCACGACUGGAGGGCCGGGAGACGCUGCGCCGCCUGGUGAAGCAGGGGAUCCGCUGCAGCUACGUCCUCAUCAACGCCAUUUCCUACGUCUUGCCUGAAGUCUCCAAGGUGCUACUGGGAGCUCAUGCGCUGUUGGCUAAUGGGUCUGUGAUGUCACGGAUGGGCACCUCACAAAUCGCACUGCUUUCCAAGGCCCACAAUGUACCUGUCCUGGUGUGCUGUGAGACCUACAAGUUCUGUGAGCGCGUCCAGACUGACUCCUUUGUCUCCAAUGAGCUUGAUGACCCCGAUGACCUGAUUGGGUCGAAUCCGGGGAGGAGCCCGCUGGCCGGCUGGCAGGAGAGCAAGUCAUUGCGCCUCCUCAACCUGGUCUAUGACGUGACCCCCUUGGAGCUGGUGGACCUGGUGAUUACAGACUUGGGGAUGAUCCCUUGCACCUCCGUUCCUGUUGUACUACGUGUCAAGAAUGUGGAGCAGUAACUAGGGGGAGGGGAGGGGAAAAUAAACCUGUGCAUGCCCUGC